AUGACUUUUAAAUCCAUGGUUUCUCAAACCCAAAUUAUGCUCAAGACAAUUUGGGAUAAUUUAUCAGAAUCAAUCAAUCAAAUAUUCGAUUGGAUUGAAAAAGUUGAUGCUGAGAAGAAUGAAUAUAUGAUGAAGAUGGAAAAAAUUAAAAAUUGGUGGGAGUAUGAAAUUAAGUCUUUUAAAGAGAAAUCGAAUGAAGGAAUUAAAUAGAUUUAGUAAUUCAUUAAGUAAGUAUUUAUCAUAAAUAAAAGUAGGGAACUAGCUCAUGAACCAAAAAAAGAUCUGCCAGAGAUUCUAGCUUAGGUGAAAAACAUUGAAAUAUCAAUAUUUAGUAGGAUUAUUGAGAUGUGUAAAAAAGAAAAGAUUUCUAAUUCUUUAAGAUUUCUUUCAGAAUACAAUACACUAAAACUCUUUGAACAAUAAAGUAAUAAAGUAAAGUAUUCAAAUGAUAGUAUAAAUUAAAUAGAAGUUAUUUCAGAGAUUCUUAAAACCAUUUAUGAACAUGAAUUUAAUAACAAGGAUUAUUUUUAAAGAAUAUUAUUUUAUAAACUAUAGAUCUCAUAAAAAAAAUAUUUGAUGAGCAGAAUAUCAUAAAUUUCUUAAUAUUUUUAGUUAACUUAACAGCUAAAGAUAACAAAUUUUUUUAAAGUGGAUCUAAUUCACUAAACAUGUUAGUAAAGAUGAAAGUUGAUUUGUCGAAUAAAUGCUUUGAAAACAUCAAAAUUUAAAAUACCUCUUUGAUUGGUGGUAAUUUUGUCAAAUGCAAUUUGAGCAGAUCUGAAUUCAACAAUUUAGACAUAAGCGGAAUAAAUUUGAAUGGAGCUCUACUCUUUAAUUGUAAAUGGAAAAACUUGAAAAUAAAUACAAGAAUUGAAUGA